AAGACACACACACACACACACACGUCACACACACUCCAAGAGGAAGUGGAUGCAACGCUAUUAUAGCUGCAUAUCUCUAGCUUUAAGCCAUUCUUUGGCAUUGGCAACUUGAGCAAUACUAUUAAGGUUGACUAAUUCUGGAGUCAGUGUCUGUGUAGAGUUUGCAAUCUUUUUUGUCUUUCGGUAUGCAAUGAAUCGCGAAAUACGAGAACAGGAGUGAGCGUGGUGUUAUCCAGCCCUGUCUAACCCAGCCAUGGAGAAGCCGUGGAGGCUGUGGGCAUCAGUGGAGCGAUGUGCCCUGGCUCUGGCCUCCUGGUCCUGGGGAGCCUGCCGCAUCUCCCUCCUUGCCCUCAUCCUCACCUUCCACCUUUACGGUGGGGUGCUGCUGUUGGCCCUCAUCCUGGCCUCUGUGGCUGGCAUCCUGUACAAGUUCCAAGAUGUGCUGCUCUACUUCCCCGACCAGCCCUCCUCCUCUCGCUUGUACGUCCCCAUGCCGACGGGCAUCCCCCACGAAAACAUCUACAUCCGGACGAAGGACGGCGUGAGGCUCAACCUGAUCCUCCUUCGAUACACAGGAGGAGACAUCCCUCCGGGGGUCGCCCCUGGCAACCAGCCCAAUCUUGCCAACUCCUCAUCCGCCCCGCCCACCAUCCUCUAUUUCCACGGUAACGCCGGCAAUAUCGGGCACCGGGUGCCUAACGCGCUGCUCAUGCUGGUCAACCUCAAGGCCAACGUUGUACUGGUCGACUACCGCGGUUACGGUAAGAGCGAGGGCGAGCCCAGCGAGGACGGCCUGUACCUGGACGCCGAGGCGACGCUGGACUACGUCAUGACGCGGCCCGACCUCGACAAGACCAAGGUGCUGCUGUUUGGCCGUUCGCUAGGGGGCGCCGUGGCGGUGCGCCUGGCCUCGGCCAACCCCCACCGCGUGGCCGCCAUCGUGGUGGAGAACACCUUCCUCAGCAUCCCCCACAUGGCCGCCACCCUCUUCUCCUUCGUCCCCAUGCGCCUGCUGCCCCUCUGCUGCUACCGCAACCAGUUCCUGUCCUACCGCCAGGUGGCCUUGUGCCGCAUGCCCUCCCUGUUCGUCUCGGGCCUGUCGGAUCAGCUUAUCCCUCCGGUCAUGAUGAAGCAGCUGUACGAGCUGUCGCCCGCGCGGACUAAGCGGCUGGCCAUCUUCCCCGAGGGGACGCACAACGACACCUGGCAGUGUCAGGGCUACUUCUCGGCCCUCGAGCAGUUUGUCAAGGACCUGCUCCAGAGCCACGCCCGCGACGAGAGUGCCCAGUCCACGGCAAGCGUCACCAUCAUCUAGUCGAGAGAGAAGAAGAAGAAGAACGAGGAGGGAGGGAGGGAACACGGAGACGACCUCAAGCAUUCCUCGGCUUUCAUAGAAUAUCAGAGAGGUCGAAUGGGAGGAUGGCGAGAGCCAGGUUUUCCUUGUUCUCUCCCCUCUGCAUGCAGUGGCCUGGGGUUGUUUUCUGGACCAUGGUAUGGGAUGUUAGCCUAGCCUGUUACACAGUAUAACUAUCAUCUGACACCUCAACUUGGACACAAUGGGAACUGAUGGAACUUUGUCUAGGAUAGCUUGGUUAGGUAAAGCAGGGCUGGUCCGGUCCAGGCUUAACUAGUCACAUCCUGGGAGAGAUUCAAUGUUUUUAUACUUUUUGUCUGGGUUUGGUUGAAACUUUCUUGUUUCUACAUGUCUGUUUUGACAUGUCUCAACGGUUGCUGAAAGGGCUGCAGAGUUUUGUGUGUGUUGUGGGGCAGCUGCUUUCAUACAGUUUAUCUUUUGGAACAGAAGUCAUACAAAAUAUACAACUUUUAUAAUGCUGUGUUUGUUGUAGGUCUACCUAAACAUUUUAAGUGAGUCAAUGACUACCUUCGCCUAUAGUGAAAAUCUAAUUAUCCCUUUAAAAUAUAUAACAACAAAUGAUUGAUGUUUCAGCAAUCCAAUAAAAGGUUUGGUCUGAUUCAAGGCUGAACAAUCUUA